AUGGUCAAGACACUAGCUUUCGGAGACAUUGAGGUCCCUUCCCCUGGCUUUGGUGCCAUGGGUAUCAGCUUUGGUCUCGGUUCCAACUUGAGUCUUGAGGAGGCUGAGCCCGUGCUUCUGAAGGCAAUUGAGCUGGGAUGCACAUUCUGGGAUACUGCUGUGGUCUACCAAGCAGGUGUCAACGAGAAGCUCCUUGGAGAGUUCAUUAGGAAACACAACGUUCGCGAUAAGGUUUUCAUCGCUUCCAAGUGCGGUUUUGAUGUGUUUGGAAAAGGUGGAGUGACCAACUCUGCGUCCCACAUCAAGCAAUACGUCGAGGGAACCAUUGAGAGACUUGGCUUCGCCCCCGACCUCUACUACCUUCACCGCAUUGACCCUAACACGCCACUCGAGGAGUCUAUCCCUGCACUGGAUGAGAUUCGCAAGGCGGGAAAGACGAAGUACAUUGGCUUGUCCGAAUGCUCAGCUGCGACAUUGCGCAAGGCCAACUCUAUCGCCAAGAUUGAUGCGGUUCAAGCAGAGUACUCAGCCUUUGAGACUCUCCACGAGACCGACGGACUUAUUGACACCGCCAAGGAGUUGGGCGUCGCGUAUGUCGCCUAUAGUCCUCUGGGUCAUGGCUGGCUGGUCGACGAUUUCCCGUUCAAGAGCCCGGACGACUUUGCCCCGGAUGACUUCCGUCGCAGUGUUCCCAAAUUCCAGGGAGAGAACUUCUACAAGAACAAGGCUAUUGUCGAUGAGAUUAAGAAGCUUGCAGACAAGAAGGGCUGCACUCUGCCCCAGAUCGCCCUCGCGUGGGUCGCUGCUCAGGGCAUGAUUGCCAUCCCCGGUACAACGAAAGCCAAGAGGCUCGAGGAAAACUGGGCGUCUCGAGAUGUGGAGUUGACAGAGGAAGAAAAGAAGGAGAUGAGGAGGAUUAUUGACGCUGCUAAGCCUCAUGGAACUAGAUAUGGCCCCAGUCACCAGGCUCUGGUUGGGCACUAA